AUGGUCGACAGAUCUUCAGUCGAACCCACCACGAUGGAGGACAAAGCCCGUACAUCUGAAUUCUUGUCCUCCAAUGACGCCAACAAGGGGAGUCAUCAUCUGUUCCACGGUCCUCCCAAGCCCGCCGCAUUUCAAGCGGGAUUCUCUGUGGGAGAUGGCAAGGUUGUUCUCACCGAGGAAAGCUGCUAUGAGGAGCUGGGCUUCUGCUUCCCGAAUUGGAAGAAGUGGAUGAUCAUCUCAGUGAUCUUUCUGGUCCAGGUGUCCAUGAAUUUCAAUACCAGUCUCUAUUCCAACGGCCUCCACGGUAUCUCGGAAGAGUUCGGGGUGAGCAUGCAGGCAGCCCGGUGCGGUGCAAUGAUUUACUUGGUUACCUAUGCUUUUGGGUGCGAACUCUGGGCCCCUUGGAGUGAGGAACUAGGGCGCAAACCUAUCCUUCAACUCAGUAUGCUUCUUGUCAAUAUCUGGCAGCUACCUGUGGCCCUUGCACCCAACUUCGCUAGUAUCAUGGUUGGCCGUGCCUUCGGAGGACUCAGUUUGGCUGGUGGAUCAGUCACCCUUGGCAUGGUAGCUGAUAUGUGGGAAGCCGACACACAACAGUAUGCUGUGGCCUGCGUUGUUUUCUCCUCGGUGGCAGGGUCUGUCAUUGGUCCUGUUGUGGGUGGUUUUGUCGAGAAAUACCUGGAAUGGCGUUGGGCAAUCUGGAUCCAGCUCAUUUUUGGCGCUUUCGUCCAGAUUAUUCAUCUGAUAAUCGUCCCUGAGACCCGAGCCACUGUUAUGCUUAGCAAUAUUGCUAAGAAAAGAAGAAAGAAUGGGGAGGAGGUCUACGGACCAUACGAGAUAAUUCCCUGGAAGGAACGCUUCUCUAUGAAGGAAAUUUGCAUAACCUGGAUCCGGCCCUUCAAGAUGUUCCUAACUGAGCCUAUAGUGCUGACCCUGUCGCUGCUGAGUGGUUUUAGUGACGCGAUUAUCUUUAUGUUCAUCCAGUCUUUUGGACUGGUCUAUGAUCAGUGGGGAUUUGAUGCCGUCGCCCUGGGUCUCUCGUUUAUUCCGAUCCUAGUGGGCUAUCUGAUUGCCUGGCUCUCGUUCUACCCUGUGAUCUGGAGGAACAUGGCCGAGCGACGCCGCAAACCUGGCGAUGAACAGGCACAGUACGAGUCUCGGCUAUGGUGGCUGCUCUAUACUGUGCCUCUCUUGCCUAUUGGGCUUAUCGGGUUUGCCUGGACCAGCUCAGGGCCUCCCAUCCACUGGAUAGGCACCAUGGUGUUUGCAGCUAUGGUGGGAAUCGCCAACUACUGUAUCUACAUGGCUACCAUUGACUAUAUGGUGUGUGCUUAUGGUCCAUAUUCUGCCUCAGCCACUGGAGGCAAUGGCUUUUCCCGAGAUAUCUUGGCCGGUAUCCUCACGGUUCCGGCUACUCCCUUUUACAGUAAUAUCGGUGGCGAACGCCAUCUGGAGUAUGCUUCAACCAUUCUAUUCUGCAUUUCCAUCGUUCUGGUGGCUUCAGUGUACCUGAUCUAUUGGUACGGACCAACCCUUCGCAGGCGCUCGCCAUUCGCCCAGCAGCUCUCUUCCCACGAAGAACACUUGCACAGCCGACGGGCAUCCGCGAUUGCGCCCAGGUCUACACCUGACUCUCGCCGAAAUAGCCUGACGUAUCAUCUCUGA